AAGAGACCUGCUCCUGAAAGAAAGAGCCAGAUCCAGCUGCCUCCUUGAGUAGAACUGUCCUGUUCUCAGGCUGUCACUGUGACCUCGCCCUCUCCAGACCUCCCCACUUGGUGUCAGCGAUGAGCUCCUGCAACUUCACACAUGCCACCUUCGUGCUAAUAGGAAUCCCAGGCCUGGAGGGAGCUCACUUUUGGUUUGGCUUCCCCCUGCUUUCCAUGUAUGCCGUGGCACUGUUUGGAAACUGCAUCGUGGUGUUCAUCGUGAGGACGGAGCGGAGUCUGCAUGCACCCAUGUACCUUUUUCUCUGCAUGCUGGCCGCUAUCGACCUGGCUCUGUCCACAUCCACCAUGCCCAAGAUCCUCGCCCUCUUUUGGUUUGACUCCCGGGAGAUUACUUUUGAUGCCUGUCUUGCCCAGAUGUUCUUCAUUCAUGCUCUCUCGGCAGUUGAAUCUACCAUUCUGCUGGCCAUGGCCUUUGACCGCUAUGUGGCCAUCUGCCACCCACUGCGUCAUGCUGCUGUGCUCAACAAUACAGUGACAGUUCAAAUCGGCAUGGUGGCUCUGGUCCGGGGAUCUCUAUUCUUCUUUCCGCUCCCACUGCUGAUCAAGCGGCUGGCCUUCUGUCACUCCAAUGUGCUCUCCCAUUCCUAUUGUGUCCAUCAGGAUGUGAUGAAGUUGGCCUAUACAGACACACUGCCCAAUGUAGUCUAUGGUCUAACUGCCAUUCUGCUUGUCAUGGGUGUAGACGUCAUGUUCAUCUCCUUGUCUUACUUUCUGAUUAUACGAACAGUUCUGCAACUGCCUUCCAAGUCGGAGCGAGCUAAGGCAUUUGGGACCUGUGUAUCACACAUUGGUGUGGUUCUGGCUUUCUAUGUACCACUCAUUGGCCUAUCAGUGGUACACCGUUUUGGAAACAGCCUAGACCCCAUUGUGCAUGUUCUCAUGGGGGAUGUCUACCUGUUGCUGCCUCCUGUGAUUAAUCCCAUCAUCUACGGUGCUAAGACCAAGCAGAUCAGAACUCGAGUGCUGGCUAUGUUUAAGAUCAGCUGUGACAAGGACAUUGAAGCUGGAGGAAACACGUGA